UUCUGAGUGCAUGUGGGUUCAUUUCCUCCGUGUGUUUCAGGGAAUGGCUACACACAAACGAAGCCACUCCGCUGGUGGUUCCGCCCCGCAUGGAGAGGAGCGUCGAGGACAGCUCCGACCCGUUGCAACCACCGUGCGGGCCACUCUUGUUCGUCGCAGUUCGCGCCGACAGAACGCGUCUCGCAGGGUCCAUCUUCCAGUGGGUCGACGUUCGCGAAUACAAUUUUAAGUUUACGUUGAAGAAGCAUUACAAAAGUGAUGGUUCCGUCGACGACAUCGCAAAAGGAUGCAAGGUUGCCGGGAGGAUGUUCGGCGGGUACGGUCGGCGUGCGAUGUCUUUGCCGUACUUUGUCCCGCUAGCGCCGGGGCACGACGAGGCCGUUCACGUGACAGACUUCCUUAAGGUCUGGGCGAGAUCAAGUACCUCUGUCAGUGUCGUGGAUGUCGGACCUGGGACAUCGAUCAGUGGUCCUGUUGGGUUCGCGGGAGGAGAGUGCUCUGAAAGGGGGAUGGGAGGUCAAGGUGGCCUGCCAGCUACGCCUCCAGAUCAAGAGGUGGGCAUGUCAGACGACUUGGAGUACAACCAUCUGCGUGCUCCUUCGAAACCGGGCUUGCAUGGAUCUCGCCGCCAAGGUUUGCUUGGGGAGUCGCCGCCACGUGGAGGCGGUGAUGGCGAACGGUUGCGACAGGGCUCAGAAUCGACGACUCCUCGUGGUCUGGUUCGAGAGGUGAUUGGGUCAGAUAAGACGACUCGCCGAGCUUGGCCUCCGCCUGCACAACUGCAGACGGAGUUGAGCCUGGAACGAGAAGCAAGUGGGAACGUCCCCGGUGAGGAGGAGGUGUCCGAGCAGGGGCUGUUCCGUGAGAGAUCGGCUGAAAAGACUCAGUCGGGAGGAAAGCGCAACUUGCCAGAUGAGGAAGAGCGAGAGGGAGUAGGUGCUCUGAAAAGGCAGAGAAAGGUAGGAGGGAGUGCUCAGACGCCAACAUCACGAGAGGGCGGUUCCGUUGAGAAGAGGAAAAGGGUUGGAGGUGGGGAUGAAACGCCAAAAGACUCGUCGACACAGCGAAGAAUCGCCGGAUGUCUGGUGGACAUGAUGGACCUCGAGAAGAAAAGGUUGUUGAACGGCGUCUUGAACCUUAACGUCGUGUGGGUUCAAACGAGUAGCAAGAAGUUGGCCGAGCAGGGGAAGUUCAGUGUCAAGGAGAUGGUCGACAUAAUAAAAAUGGACCGGAUUAUGCUGAGGCUGUGGCACUACGUGGAGUUCGAGUACGAGGAAAUGGAUAAGCGGGAAUGGAAUGCCAACUCCACGUUCUUCAAGUCAAAGAGGCAACUGUUCGAAGAGUUCAAGGACAAAGGUCUCGACGACAAGCUUUGGAACGGGAGCAGGAAAUUUUUCAUGGACUCCACGUACGUCAACAAGUGCCCUCAGUUUCUCGGGUGUCAACACGACAACAACAUUAAGAGAACGGUGACCCUCAUCAACGACCAGCAUUUCCCGGCGGAGUGGAAGCGUGUCGUCCUUUCGGUAAUCACGGGAGAUCGCGCCAAAGGCAAAAACAACCCUCGGGGCGUUGAUGAAUGCAUCAACAUUAUGUCGACGAGGAUAAGUGCCUUGACGACGCUGGCCCAGUUUGACGUCGACCCAUUGAGUGCAAUUGAUCAUAAGGAGGCGCUGGGAAAACUAGGGCAUCAGCUACGCUCCCACACUUGCGUGCUCGACUUGUGCGGAACUGUGGACCGUGCGCAAUGGGACUCUGGGGCAUUCUCGUCUCUGAUGUCGUCCAAGGCUCACCCAUGCGAUUUCCACCAAGUCGUGGUUGAGCCCGUUUAUGACCCGAACAAGGACAUGUUCUUCAAGUUGACUCCAAAGAAAAGGCGCCAGGUCUACUCCUUCCUUUACGGUGAACAACCAAGGUUGAGAUUUGACCCGCAGUACGUGGUGCGGAAGGAAGUCGCCAUAGCAGUCCUCCAGGGCUACCACGGAGCGAGUCGGGCCGGCGCUGUGAGCUUCAUUAAGAGGCUGGAAUAUGUGUUUUUUAACGGGAAUCUCGUCGAUCCGGCCGAUUUCAUUUUGGAUAACUACAAGCUGGCAUUCGGUGAGGAGGACGACUUCAAUAUCGAGGCUGAGCAGGAGGAGAGCGUUGAGGACGACCUCUUCGAUUUGGACGGGCAAUUGGCCAUCUUCAACGCCCAAGUUUCUGAGUCGCCGUCAGUAUGCAAACCGGGGACACCUCUCGCUACACCCACCUCGGGCGGCCCCACGCAAGUGUCCUCCUCAACGCCUGUCAAGAGGGGUGGGUUGUCCCGUCUGAGGAGUUCGCCGGGGGAGGCUAUUCGUCUCACACCGCAACCCGAACAUCUUCGACCCGGCCAUCCAGUUCCUCCGGACCAUCCGCAUCUCAAGGCUCCUGUGACUCCCUUCCAUAUGGACGACAAACACACCUUCUCCACAGCCGAAGAUUGGGGCCAUGAUAGCGUGUGGCACCCAGACCAUUUCCAGCCAGUCCUUCUCGACGGUGAAUGGGCGGUGGCUGUGAGGGACAUAAGGGGAGGGUGGAUAUAUAACGAUCGUUGGGACCUCGAGACAUUCAAAUCUCGUGCCUACGAUGCGGUUUUGGAGAGAUUAAGUGAGGUCAAUUGACGAAGUAAAGACGACCCUGCUCU